AUGGCAGAUCCCAACGGGCUGAGCUCAGAAGGGGCGGGGGCAGGCAUAGCCGAGGUCGACGCCUGCAGUUUGGAGAUAGAGAGGAAGUAUGAUGUCAUCCCUGCCGUCAUCUGCUCGAUGUGCUGCCUGUUCGGCAUCAUCUACUGCUUCUUUGGUUACCGCUGUUUCAAGGCUGUCAUGUUCCUGUCUGGCCUGAUGUUUGGCUCGGUCAUCAUUUUCUUGCUGUGCCACAAGGAACAUGUGCUGGACACACAGCUGAGCGUGGAGGCCAGCGCAGGUAUUGGCCUCGGUAUAGGCCUCCUCUGCGGUCUGGUCACCAUGCUGGUGCGAAGCGUCGGCCUCUUCAUGACCGGCCUGCUGCUUGGCCUUCUCCUGGCCCUCGCUGCCCUGCUGGUAACUCACCAGUUCUACACGCCGACCACAGUCUGGGUGCCGCUGGGUGCUCUUCUGGGAACGGGCAUGCUGUUCGCUGUGCUGACACUGCAAUGGCAAAAGCUCUUCACCAUGCUCUCCACUGCUGUGUUCGGGGCAGCCAUCAUGACAGUGUGUGCUGAUUACUUUGUGGAGAUGCUGGCUCUGGCCACACAUGUGUAUGACUGUUUGCGUCUCACACCCGGACCAGCGCUCUGCUGGUACAGCUGGGUCAUUCUGGGCAUCUGGCCUGCUCUCAGCCUCAUAGGAGUUGUGGUCCAGUGGAAACUGACGGAUGACAGCUUCUCACACACUGAGGUUGUUAUCAGUCGGCGACAAAAGAGAGUCCAGCUGAUGCGGAUUCGAGAGAAGGACGCCAAGAAGCGACAGCAGGCAGGUGGGCAGGAAGGCACGUACCGUCGUAAACCCACCCCAGUGAAACGUUACGCUGGGGAUCUACUGGCACCGAGCUACCUGCAAAGUCUGCGGGACAGACAGAUGGGCACAGGUACUUCCCUUAGCAGCCUGGGCACCGCCAACCACACCAUGAUCGACUUGGACUACGACACCGGGUCCACCGUGCCUCUCACUGCUACAACUCCAGUCGUCAGGGUCUGAACAAUGCACAGAUAAGAAGGGACUACAUAGUGCUCUCUGGUUCUCCAACUGUGUCUUCCUAAUGUAGAGUAGAACCUGUUAACUGCUCCACUAUCUAAGGCUUCUUUUUUUGCCUUUAAAUUGGUUUGAAGCAAGAAUGGAUGUUUCUCCAGAGUCAGCUCUGGGUGUCCAGUGAAACCGAAUGCUGCUUUCUGGGGAGACGUCAGAAGGUGUCAAGCUCCUGUUUGAUGAUCCUAAAACCACUGCAACCACUGUUUCUCAGAGAAACACAAACUAACACAGAAAGGUCACCCAUUUCCACUCAUGAUGUAUUAAAUACAUAACGGCAAGUUUGAGCCUCAAAAACAGAUGUUUUGGUAGUGAAUAUGACAAAGCAGUUUGUUUGAAAUUAAGUGUACUGUACUUAAAAAGUUAGUCAUUGCCAUGAAGUGUUGUGCUAUUACUUGUCUUUCUGUUUAACCGUGUGGUCGUAGGAUUUGUGGAAGGUUAUCAUUAAAGUGACUUUUAUUUUGUGUAUUUUUUUAAAGAUGUAGUGUGGUGAGAGAGUAAAAUCUGACGUGAACAUGUUGAAAGAGGAUGGUUUUUGCAACGUAGCUCCUGUCAGAAUACAUUUAGGUGAAGAAUUUAGUCUGUCAUGUAUGCUUGUGGAGUAAACGUUUUAUAAUUUAAUUUAUAUAAUGACCAAGUACAUGGUAGUGUUGGAAAAAAAGGACAAAAAACAAAGCAUGUUUGUUGUUAAUUUGUAGAUUUUUAAAUAAUUAUCCAUUUGUUGUUUGAAUUUUUCAGGGACGAUGCACUUGUUUCCUGGAUCUGUAAAUACCUGUUGAUAGAAAUUUCAAAGAUAAAUAAAUUUGUUUGAUACAAAAACAA